UUUUUUUAAAUUCAAUCAGUCCAAACAUUUGCUUGCAUGCUAAUAUACACAUUAGGAGGGAUGACUGUCAUAAAGGAUAAACCCAAAUCAUUUCGAGCAUAAUUGUCAACGCGUAUCUCGUCACCGGCGAACAAGACAACAACAAAGAUCGUUUAUGUUGGUGGAGCAAAAUGAAACUGGACAUGUUUUGGUCCACGGAUUUUAGGUCCGAGUAAGUGCUCCUCUCGUAGCUCGGACUACUCGGAGGCGAUGGCUCCGCCGUCCAAAUGGUUUUUGACAAAUUGUCGGAUAUUUUCCGCAUGUUUCCGACUUCACUCCUCUCUUAGCUCUGAAAUGAUUGAAAAUAUGGACAAGAAAGCCACCUGGGACCGCGUGUACGCCGACCGCAGCAGCAAGACAAGCACGUUCAAGAACUUCGAGUGGUUCUUUGGCUUCGAAGCAGUGCAAAACCUCAUCGCGCCCUUAUUGCUGACCGAGGCCAGACCCGAGGCUCCGCUUCAAGUCCUGAAUAUGGGCUGCGGCACUUCCGCUUUGGGUCCCUCCGUUUACCAACGCUGCCCCGUGCCGGUUCGGGUCACGUGCGUGGACAUUUCCGCCGUGGCUGUACGGCUCAUGCAGGAGCACGUGCGGGCCGAAGCCGUCCGGCCCGGCAACCGUUCUUCACAGCUGGCCUUUUUGGAGCUCGACUGUACGCAGCUGCACAAACGCUUCGGUCCCACCAGCGUGGACCUCAUUGUGGACAAAGGCACCACGGACGCCCUGCUCAAGUCCAAGGACGGGAAGAGCGGCGCGGGCCUGGUGCUGAAGCAGUGUUUGAAGGUGCUGCGCCCCUCGGGGUCUCUGCUGCAGUUCUCUGAUGAGGAUCCAGACGCCAGGCUGCUGUGGCUGGAGACAGAAGCGCGGGCUGCACGUGUGGAGGUGCAGGAAGUGGGGGACUCGGGGGGAGUUUGUUACUACUGCUAUCGAGUGAGCCCUCGCCCAAACGUGCAGCGCUGACUGUGUGCAUGGUUUGUUCACGUUGCAAUUGGAGUUUGUGGCGCACAAAUAAUAAAAACAAUCUCAAUUCAAUCGUAAGGCAUUUCUGUACAUUGUUGAAGAUGCAAAGCAAACAGUAGACACAUAAUUGAUCGCCACAAAUCUGAAUUCAAAGAUAGACCGCUCAGGGUCAGUACAACAAGCUUCAAACACAACGCCGAUGUAUUCAAGUUAACUUUUGAUAUCGAGAAGACCGUUUGUAAAUGAGCACGAUCGGAGCGUAAUGUUAGACGAUUAUGUCGACGGACGGGCGAGCGCUUCGCUCGUCUUAACGAUACGGUCGCUCAUUUCACACGGAACAAGCUAAAGAAGUCGACCGGCUCCUCGUGCAGCGCGUCUUGGCAGAAGUCAGGAGGAUUGAGCUGAUUGGGGUCGGAAAUGCCAAUGACGUUGUUGAAGAAGCUGUGGAAGCAAAAUAAACGGCCGU